AUGAGUAUAGUAGGGUUUCUUCUUUCUUAUGCAUGCAUUUGUGUAAACAAAACACUUUCGAUCCACACAAAAAAAAAAAAAACACUUGGUUUCUUAUUUGCUCUGUUUUUACAAAAAGGGAUGGAGCACUCACGCACUACUCAUAGUAGGAUGAUUUUGUUUACAUUCCUUCAUGGGUUCAUCAUUUUAUGUAUGAGCACACCUUUGGAAUCUGCAACUCUACCCAGUGCCAGUGCUAAUGCUUCUGGAAAUGAAACUGAUUGCGUGGCGCUGCUGGACUUGAAGAAAAGAAUCACUCAAGAUCCUCUCCACGUCAUGAGCUCAUGGAAUGAUUCAAUUCAUUUCUGCAGUUGGGUUGGCGUUACGUGCAACCCUUCCACCAAAAGAGUCUUGAUUUUGGACUUGAGUUCUUAUAAAUUGGCAGGCUCUCUACCACCUUCCAUUGGAAAUCUUACUCAUCUUACUGGACUCAGCCUCAGAAACAACAGGUUCCAUGGUGAAAUUCCUCAAGAAAUGGGUCGUCUACGAAGCCUGCAAGCUCUUAACCUGUCUGAAAAUUCCUUGGGCGGGAAAAUUCCAACUAACAUAUCGCACUGUACCCAACUAAGGGUGCUGGAUCUUCGAUUCAAUGCGAUUACUGGGUCGAUUCCCGACGACCUCAGAUCAUUGAUGAGUUUAAAUCACCUAGAACUUUAUAGCAACAAACUGACUGGAACUAUCCCAAGUUGGAUUGGAAAUUUUUCAUCUCUAAAAGGCCUUCGUCUGACUCGCAACAAUUUUCAUGGGAACAUACCCAGUGAGCUCGGUCGUCUGACAAGCUUGGAGGUGUUCUCGCUAGCAGCGAAUAAUCUGUAUGGUAUUAUUCCUUCUUCAAUCUAUAAUAUUUCUUCCAUAAAGAAUUUUAGUGUUUCUGCCAACCAGCUCCAUGGAGAGGUACCACGAAAUCUCGGCAUUAAUCUUCCUAAUCUCGAAAGUUUUAUGUGUGGUAGCAACAAAUUCACGGGAACUGUUCCCGCAUCGUUGUUCAAUUCUUCUAGAAUUCAGAUCCUUGAUUUUCCUUCUAAUGGUUUCACGGGGACAGUCCCUGCUGAAAAUCUUGGAACCUUGCGAAGCUUAGUUAGCCUAAGCUUUGCUGACAAUAGUUUGGGAAACAAGAAAACUGACGAUUUGAAUUUCCUCAGCUUCUUGGCUAAUUGUACUAGCCUAAAGGCAUUGGAUCUUUCUAGUAAUCAAUUUGGAGGAGAAUUUCCACGAUCCAUAGCCAACCUUUCCACCCAACUAAGAUCUCUUUAUUUGGGGGGCAAUUUAAUCCACGGAAGCAUUCCUGACGACAUUGGAAAUCUUGUAAACUUAACCUUGUUAGCAAUGGAGCUUAACCAUCUAACUGGUACAGUCCCAGAUGGAAUUGGGAAGCUUCAAAAGUUAGCGGGACUGUAUUUGAAUGAUAACCAAUUUUCUGGACCAAUAGCGUCCUCUCUGGGUAAUUUGACUUCAGUGACACAACUGUACAUGUUCAACAACAGGUUUGAGGGAAGUAUACCUCCAAGUCUUGGGAAUUGCCGAAGUCUACUCGAACUCAAACUUUCUUAUAACAAUAUAACAGGCACCAUACCUAGAGAGCUUUUCGAAGUUUCAUCCCUUUCAAUUUCUUUGGAAAUUUCUCAAAAUUAUUUAACUGGUUCGUUACCAUAUGAAGUGGGUGAUUUGGUAAAUCUUGUGGAGCUGGAUGUAUCAGGAAAUAAGUUAUCAGGUGAAAUUCCAACAACUCUUGGCAGUUGUAUUAUGUUGAUGCGCCUGUAUUUGGAAGGUAAUGAAUUUGAAGGAACAAUUCCUCAAUCUCUUAAAAGUUUAAGAAGUCUGGAAGAAAUAGAUAUUUCACGCAACAACUUAUCAGGGCAGAUUCCUGAAAUUUUAGGCAUGUUAACGCAUCUUAACCGUCUCAAUCUUUCUUAUAAUGAUUUUGAGGGUGAAUUGCCUAAAGAAGGGAUCUUUUCAAAUGCAAGUGGUCUCUCAGUUAUUGGAAACAAUAGGCUUUGUGGUGGCCUCCCAAAAUUACGUCUACAUGCCUGCUCCAUCAAAAAGUCCCAUUCAUCUCAACGACUACUUGCCCCGAAGGUAAUCAUUCCUGUAGCUUGUGCACUUGCAUUCAUAAUCGCUUUGUCAUGCUUCCUCAUUGCUCGUUCAAAGGUGAAAAAGUCAAGAGGUGGACCUGCAGCUUCACAUUCUUAUAAGGGUUGGAAAUCAAUCUCUUACUCAGAACUUGUUCAAUCAACUGGCGGGUUCUCUGUGGACAAUCUGAUUGGUUCGGGAAGUUUUGGUUCUGUUUACAAAGGAGUACUUCCUGCUGAUGGGAGGGCAGUUGCUGUUAAGGUACUAAACCUUCAACAACAAGGAGCUUCCAAGAGUUUCAUUGAUGAAUGCAAAGUUUUAAGAAGCAUACGACACCGUAAUCUUCUCAAGAUCAUAAGUGCAUGCUCGAGCGUUGAUAAUCAGGGUAAUGACUUCAUGAGUCUAAUUUUCGAGUUCAUGGCCAAUGGAAGUCUAGACUCAUGGUUGCAUCCGAGAGAUGAUGAUGAAUCUCAAAGUAAGAGAUUGAGCCUUAUCCAAAGGCUCAAUAUUGCAAUUGAUGUUGCUUCUGCAUUAGAUUAUCUCCACCGCCAUUGUGAAACAACCAUUGUUCAUUGUGAUCUAAAGCCAAGCAAUGUUCUUCUUGGUGAUGAUAUGGUUGCCCAUGUUGGUGACUUUGGUUUAGCAAAGUUCCUCUUCGAAGCAUCAGAUAGUUCCUCCCAAAGUCAAACCAUUUCUGCUGGGCUAAGGGGUUCCAUCGGUUACAUUCCUCCGGAGUAUGGCAUGGGCGGCCAAGUUUCCAUCUUGGGAGAUAUUUAUAGCUUUGGAAUACUAUUGCUAGAAAUGUUCACAGGAAAAAGCCCUACAGAUGACAUGUUCACAGAAGGUCUAAGCAUUCACCAAUUCACAGCCAUGGCAAUGCCUGACCAUGCCAUGGACAUUAUUGACCCUUCAUUGCUCACUGAGAGAGAUGAUGCAGAUGUUGAUGAUGAAAGAUACAACAAUGACAUAAAAGCAAGGCCAAUUACAAGUUAUCAGGAUGGCAGCCCUAUUCGUGCAACAAGAUUGGAAGAGUGUUUGGUUUCGGUAAUGGAGAUAGGACUCUCAUGCUCUGCAAUAUUACCAUCUGAGCGGAUACAAAUGGAUGUUGUUAUGAACAAAAUGAAGGCAGCUAGAGACUCAUAUCUCUAUUUGAGAAGAAGAAGGAGAAUAAGAAGCUAGCAAUAUUCAAGACAGGGCUAAGUUUGUUAUCUGAUCUCAAAUCUGUAGCCGUAUCUAUUCGGAAGAAACUAUUUGAAUAAGGAUAUUAUAUGUAUCCAUGUCUGUGACAUUAUGUAAUGAUGUUUUAUUCUGUUUAUGCAUGGGCUUCUUCGUUUUGUAUG